AGCUCAGAAUAGAGUUGGAGUGAGUGACGGACGUUUCUGGUGAAUUCCGAACGCGGUUAACAAACUCUGAGGCGCUUCUUCGGAUUGUAAAAUAAAAAGAAAUUAACAAAUGAAGGAAAGAAGGUCGUGCCAGAAGUCGUCCUUUCAGCCAGGAAUGGACGCGAGUCAGAACGUUAAGUGUAAGAUAGUGGUGGUGGGGGACAGUCAGUGUGGCAAGACGGCUUUACUUCACGUUUUCGCUAAGGACUGUUUCCCUGAGAACUAUGUGCCCACCGUGUUCGAGAAUUACACAGCGAGUUUUGAGAUUGACUCCCAGAGGAUUGAGCUCAGUCUGUGGGACACUUCAGGCUCCCCGUACUACGAUAACGUGAGGCCGCUGUCGUACCCCGACUCGGACGCCGUCAUCAUCUGCUUCGACGUCAGCCGGCCGGAAACGCUGGACAGUGUCCUUAAAAAGUGGAAAGGAGAGAUCCAGGAGUUCUGCCCCAACACGAAGAUGCUGCUGGUCGGCUGCAAGUCGGACCUGAGAACCGAUCUCAACACGUUAGUGGAGCUGUCCAAUCACAGACAGAUGCCAGUGUCGUACGAUCAGGGGUCGGCGAUGGCGAAACAGAUCUCGGCUCCGUACAUCGAGUGUUCAGCGCUGCAGUCGGAGAACAGCGUGCGGGACAUUUUCCACGUGGCCACGCUCGCUUGCGUCAACAAGAACAACAAAACUGUCAAACGCGGUAAAUCCGCGCGCUCGGCCAAGCGCAUCUCGCACAUGCCGUCCAGCAGGCCUGACCUGGCUGCCGUGGCGACGGACUUCCGCAAGGACAAAGCCAAGAGCUGUACAGUCAUGUGAAUCUUGUCUAAAGCGAGAAAGGCAUUCUGGGAGAUGCGGGUGGAGAAACGGCAGGAGAAAUGGGAUAACCAUACGAGUGGGGGUGGUCUUUAAAAAUAAAUAAA